CCGCCUUCCGUGCGAAUGCGGUCCUCCGCGUCCCAGCGCCUUCUGCCCGCCUUCCGGAAUGUCGUCGCUGGGUUACUGUUUUCCGACGGGCGACGGACCAACCGGAAGCGGAAGUCCUUUCUGUUGACGCUUCCCGCGGCGUUCCAGACGGCUGAAACUGCGGAGACCCGGGACGCGCCAUGGAACACGUGACGGAGGGUACCUGGGAGUCGCUGCAGGUGCCGCUGCAUCCUCGGGUGCUCGGAGCACUGCGAGAGUUGGGCUUCCUGCACAUGACGCCGGUGCAGUCUGCCACCAUCCCUCUGUUCAUGAAAAACAAAGAUGUUGCCGCAGAAGCUGUCACUGGUAGUGGAAAAACCCUGGCUUUUGUCAUUCCCAUUCUGGAGAUUCUUCUGAGAAGGGAGGAGAAGUUAAAGAAGACCCAGGUAGGAGCCAUCGUCAUCACCCCCACUCGGGAGCUGGCCAUUCAGAUCGAUGAGGUCCUGUCACACUUCACGAAGCACUUCCCACAGUUCAGCCAGAUUUUGUGGAUCGGAGGCCGGAACCCUGGAGAUGAUGUGGAGAGGUUCAAGCAGCACGGCGGGCACAUCAUUGUGGCAACCCCAGGCCGCCUGGAGGACAUGUUCCGGAGGAAGGCGGAGGGUCUGGACCUGGCCAGCUGUGUGAAGAGCUUGGACGUGCUGGUGCUGGAUGAGGCCGACAGACUUCUCGACAUGGGCUUUGAGGCAAGCAUCAACACUAUCCUGGAGUUUUUGCCAAAGCAGAGGAGAACAGGCCUUUUCUCAGCCACACAGACACAGGAAGUGGAGAACUUGGUGCGAGCAGGCCUGCGGAACCCUGUCCGAAUCUCUGUGAAGGAGAAGGGUGUGGCAGCCAGCAGUACCCAGAAGACCCCGUCCCGUCUGGAGAACCACUAUAUGAUCUGUAAGGCAGAUGAGAAAUUCAACCAGCUGGUCCAUUUCCUUCGGAGCCGCCAGCAGGAAAAGCACCUGGUCUUCUUCAGCACGUGUGCGUGUGUGGAGUACUAUGGAAAGGCCCUGGAGGCACUGCUGAAGAAAGUGAAGAUCUUGUGCAUCCACGGGAAGAUGAAGUACAAGCGCAAUAAGAUCUUCAUGGAGUUCCGCCAGCUGCAGAGUGGGAUCUUGGUGUGCACUGACGUCAUGGCCCGGGGGAUUGAUAUUCCCGAAGUAAACUGGGUUUUGCAGUAUGACCCUCCCAGCAAUGCCAGUGCCUUCGUGCAUCGAUGUGGACGCACAGCGCGCAUUGGCCACGGUGGCAGUGCUCUGGUGUUCCUGCUGCCCAUGGAGGAGGCCUACAUCAACUUCUUGGCCAUCAACCAGAAAUGCCCCCUGCAGGAGUUGAGCCUCCAGAGAAACACCGUAGACCUUCUGCCGAAGCUCCGGGCCCUGGCCCUGGCUGACAGAGCCAUGUUCGAGAAGGGCAUGAAGGCCUUUGUGUCCUUUGUGCAGGCUUACGCAAAACACGAGUGCAGCCUCAUCUUCAGGCUGAAGGAUCUUGACUUUGCCGGCCUUGCUCGAGGCUUUGCCCUGCUGAGAAUGCCCAGGAUGCCAGAAUUACGGGGGAAGCAGUUUCCAGACUUUGUACCAGUGGACAUCGAUACCGACACAAUUCCAUUUAAAGAUAAAAUCAGAGAAAAACAGAGGCAGAAACUUUUGGAGCAAAAAAGAAAAGAGAGGACAGAAAAUGAAGGGAGAAGAAAAUUCAUCAAAAAUAAAGCUUGGUCUAAGCAGAAGGCCAAAAAGGAAAGGAAGAAAAAGAUGAAUGCCAAAAGGAAAAAGGAUGAGGGUUCUGAUAUGGAUGAUGAAGACAUGGAAGAACUCCUUAAUGACACAAGGCUCUUGAAAAAAUUUAAAAAAGGUAAAAUCACAGAAGAAGAAUUUGAGAAGGGGCUGUUGACAAGUGCCAAAAGGACAGUCCAGCUGACAGAUUUAGGUGUCACAGACUCGGAAGAGGACAGUUGACCUCAGAGCCUCAGGUGAAGGUCACCUCACUGGCCCCACAUUCCUGCCCUUGCUGAAAGACUAUCUGGAAAGCUGUCUCUUCAGACCGGGAGACACUGAAGGACUGCACAGUACCAGGAUCCUACCAGACUCUCACAGAAGUGUUUUUAGUUAUCUGAGUGUACAUAGCAGAUCUCAGUAUUUAUUUUGUGUUUUUUCUGGGGUGUUUUUUGUGCUUUAUUACAGACUUAAAAUAUA